AUGCCUGAUAAAGUCCACUCUUUUACACACGCCGUCCACUCAAACUUCCACUCAGAUUCAGCUCCAGUCCGCGCAGCUAAUAUGGACAAUGACGCUUCAGCUCCACGAAAGUCCGGCAUAACCAUACCAGCUUCAUCAUUUGGUUGUAGUCUAUGUCCUAAGUCAUUCAACAGACGCGAGAAUUUGAGCCGUCACAUGAAAACUCAUGACGUUCCUCGGACUCAUAUUUGUCAAAUUUGCGAGAAAACUUUUACCAGAAGUGACUUACUAAAGAGACAUGAAGCUGGCCAUGAACGUUGGGAUAAGCUACCCAAGUCGGAAGGACGAAGAGGUUCCGUAAAACGGCGGAAAACUUCGGAAGAUCCAGCCGAAAGUCCUAAAAAUCUCGAGAACUUCAACUGGGCAACUACGACUACACCGGAAUCAGCUCAUCUUUCUCCAUUAUCGAAUGAAGCCACAUUCCCACCGGCAACGGCAAGUUAUGCCACUUCCUUUCAAGAACCUAUCCCGGUGAAUAUGUCUUUUCUCGAGAACCGAGAACAGCAGAGCUUGGGGAACAAUCAAACGAACUGGAUAUCUCCUGAAGCAGCGCCUAGAUCAUUUAUGGAAAGUCAACAACUAAACAUCAAUAUUAGUGCAACGCAUCCAGUGCCAUCAUUUAAUUUCUUACACCAUGAAGCCGAUUCGUUCCCGCAACAAUAUCGAGAAUCAUUCCAAGAUGCAGCGUUAGACAACCAAAUUCCUACGAACUCUCUUGGUAUAAUGGAAUAUUCGUAUCAAGUCCCCUUCAAUCAUGCUUCUUAUUUGCAGCCGGAGAACAACCAGAUUGGAAAUACCGGGUUCUCUGACGACUUUUACGCCGCUAUGCUUGAGACUGGGAAUCAAUGGGGAAUUUUUCCAAAUAGCUUUAACCAAAAUUUUCCACUUGCCAAUCAAGUGCAACAAAGUUUUAGUAAUAUCAAAUUGGAAAGUCCAGGUCUAAGUUCGACAAUAAUGGCUAGCGAGCCCAGAUUGGAGUAUCAUCAAUCUAAUAAUAUUACAUCAGAAUCCUUGUUACCACGACCUGCAAGUAUCACAAGGGUCUCUUCACCUCCGAAUUUGCCAUGGGAAGAGCAUAGCUGGCCUCUUUUAUGGAAUCCUAUAUCGGCGACACUUCCAAUGCUGGAAGCUGGUCCAAUUGAUAUACCAUCUGGCCAUCAUUUAUUUCAAAAUCACAAUCCAAGUUUGAUUCGAAAUCCAAUGAUAAUUCUUACGCAAGCCUUACUUAUCCACACGGGAUUGUGGUGUGGAAACAAACGUGCAUUCAACGUAGCUGAAGCAUACAGAGGAAAUGCUAUCUCUCAUAUGCGUCAGCUAUACGAGGGUGAGAAGUGGAAUGCAUCGAUGCAACGUUCAUCCGUGGAUGAGACGUCGGGAGAUACUCAAGUUCAAUGGAAACGCUGGAUUCAUGAAGAGUCUCUGAAUAGGCUUUACUGGUUCAUCUACACAAUUGAUCGUCAAUUUCCUGCGCUUUGGAAUAAACCAUCAACAAUCACAAUUGGUGAAAUGGUUGAUGUUAGUUGUCCCUGCGACGAAACCUUUUGGUGUGCCCCUACUGCUGAAGACUGGAAAUUCGCUCUUGGGUCUGCGACAAUACCAAAGGCUCCAUCGUUUGCAGCCGCCAUAGGACCUUUUCUCUUUUCACCCACCACAACUUCCCCUACAUUCUCCUUGGGGAAUUUCUCGUCGCAAGAGCAACAGCUCUCACAAUCCCAACACCUGUCGUUACCGAAUCUUAACCCUUAUACCGCAUUUCUUGUCCUUCUUGAAAUCCAACAUCAAAUCUUUGACUUCUCUCAAGAACAUUUGUUGGCUACCAAGUUCCUAAAUCGUCAGGAUGUUCCCGAAACCCAAGAAAAAUCACAUUAUACGCCCAACCCAUCUCCAUCUCAGGCCCUCAAAUCCAGCUUUGCCGUGAGAAGACAGAAAUUAGCCUUGGGACAGACAGGUAUCGCACCUGCUUUGGAGAAUCUUAAAUCAUGGGCACGAGACGAUCCGGAAUUAGCGAUUGGUGUAGCUCUUAGAGCUGCGGAAGCCAUUAUGGAAAUUAAUAAAAGCCUUGAGGUUGAGACAAGCGCAGAAGUAACAACUGAGAUACCGAAAGCAAUUAAGGGUGGAAUGAUAGAGACAGGUGUUUAUGGAACUUCAUUGUUAAUGAUGACACAUGUUAUCCUAUGGGCUUUUGCAAGGGUUUCAGAUAGGAAGAUGAAAGAGAUUUUGAUGAAGGAAUUAAGGGCGAAGGGAGAAGACUGUACAUUUUUGAAUCUUUUGGAGUGUGAAUUCCAGGAUUUGAAAGGGGAUGAUGAGAGAUUAAGAUUGGAUUUGGAUAUGAAUAUUGAAGGAGGAAAUUUGAAGAUGGAUCAACAGAAAAUAAAUGCGGUUUCGAAAGUGUUGCUCAGGAGUGCGGCGGAUUUGUUGAUGAGGUUUGGGACUUGGGGGGUAGCUUUGGAUAUGGCAUUGUUGUUGCAUUUAAGAGGGGAGGGUUAG